AUGCGAAAUGCGCGCGGCGCGCACAGAUCACAUAGCGCUUACAUAUGUGCACGAGGGGCGAGGGAGUCCGCUGCACGGACGGGAGACGAGCCCGCGCGGGAGCCGAUCGCGUGCAGAGAGCCGUGCAAAAAUAUGUAUUGCAAACAACCACCGGUGCAAAUGAACCGCCAACCCCCCUUCGCGGCUCAGCAAAAAGACGAGAGAGGGGUGCGUCGCUGUUUCGACGGGGUUCAACUUACGAUGGACGUCAGCGGUGGAGCAGUCGAUAGAAACCGGGUGUUAGUCCGAGUGCGCCUCACGUGGGCUCAGAAAAGUUUCCGUGCACACGCGCGCAGACCGAGAAAAGCGAAGAAAAAGGGCGACGCGCUCGCAGAAACUGUGUUA